UGACAACGCCUGGGGCACCUGACGGCCCUGAUCGGACACCCCAUGGCGAUCGUAGAGUUGUGGGCUGCUUACAACUGCGGAACAAAGCCUUCGGGGAGACCACCCCCAAGUCUAGAUGGGCUAAGGGAUGCGGGCUUACUGCUGUCAACGCAACACCUCGCUCCAGACGCCCAUGCCAAGCGCAUUGUCGACGGCGUCAAUUACCUCCUCGACCAUGUCCAGCAACAUGUGAACGACCCUUCGCCAUCCCUCGUGCAAUUGUUGGACCUAGUGCGCGCUGUGUUCGACGGGUUGAAGGCGACGAAGCAAUUCGCAGCACUGGAUACGACAUGCAACGACCUCUUGCCCGUGCUCCUGUCGCUCGUGGAUGUGCUCUUUUCUCGACGCAAGCCGCCUGCAGACGGGAAAUUGCACAGUGCCGUGCUGAAAUUUACGAUGGAUGUGCUCUUAGGGUACCAGCAUUCGUCUGCUCUGUACUUAGGUGGUCGUGAUCGGCUCUUGACUCAUCUUGAGACGGUCGAGCAAUGGCUCCAAGCACCCGACCACGCUCCGGAUGACCGCGCGUUCCUUGGUCGUACCCUCGUCCUCACAGUAUGCGGUCUUGCUCGCCUACACCCCAGUUGCAAACAUUUGAAUGUUGCCUUGUCCAAAUUGGUUGCGAACUUGGGCCUCCACCACCCGACCGCGAGCGAGAUCGACCACGCCAUUCGCCAAGCGUCAUGGGUUGUCCCAUCUGAAGCCAUUCGAAACGACUGCAUUCCGACCGUAGAAGGUCUGUGGACGUUAGAUGAAAAUUCCAUCGCGGACGCCCACACAAGCUCACGGACGAACCGCAACGCCGGCUCCGUUGUCCUCCGCCAAGUCAGCGCGUGCCACGGGGUAUCCUUCGCUGCGACCGUACAUGAUUCGUACAACUCGGACAAGAUGCUCCUGGAGCUCACGGGGGAUGUCGUCUCGGAGCUCGAGUCCUGUGAACUUCGACGAUUUCAAGGACAGUGGCAGUACGUUCUAGAUGCGAACGCGCCCAACACAAUGCAAGCCCCACUGCAGGAAUGGUCGUGCCCCGUGUGCACAGUUACCAACAGCAGCAGCGCGCACGUGUGUACGACGUGCGGCGCUACAGCCCCGACCGUCGAGGGCCUGGGUAAUUCGCCCCCGUCGGCUUCAAAUCGCAGCAACCCAGCGCCGUUCUCUGCCAAGCUGCAGAGCAACGACGCAACGUUUAUGGACGUGCUCUGGAGCCGUGGUGAGCAGCACGGCAAGUGGUUGGCCCGUCGCGAGCGCCAGCAGUCUGCCUUUGACCUCCGCAUGUCGGCCGAUGUGGAUUUACGAGCAUCAGUAUACACGCCCCGCGGCGUCGCGUCCGACUGCCUCAUCGUCGAGAAGAGCAACUUGCAGAGCAACUUUCCAACCAGCACGAUUGAAUUCUGGACCUGCUUGCCGCACGUGUUGCGACCGUGCCAUCAAGUGGUUAUGAGCAAUGGAGAAUUUACAGUCGGUAUCACCCCGCAGGGCCAUCUCGUGUGGCAGGUGGGACCGACAGAGCUGACUGCUCGUGAUUUUGCAAGCGCCGCGCUGACUUCGUUUAUUCAUGUCGCGCUGGUGUGGCAUGCGCAGUCGUAUUGCCUUGUCGUGAACGGCCAAGUUGCCAGUCAAGUCCCGCGCCGUCCAGGUCACACUCCUGCCAAAGUUCUCGUGUUGGGGGGCGCUCCGACAGCCCCCAUUGCCACUUCCAUCGGGCUCUUGAACCUUCCUCGGGUAGUCUAUGGCGUCGAUAGUUGUUUCCAAGGCAAUUUGGUCGAGUUGCGCAUGUGGUCCGCUGCCAUGAACGUCGAAACACUGGCACAACGCUCGCGGGUCGCGUUGCACGGGGACGAAGCCGACUUGGUCGCGUACUUUCCACUGGUAGGCGACACCCUCCACCGAGACUUCACCCGCCACGGCAAUCACGCGAGUUGGUUGGACGAGUACCACCGCAUCGAGUCUGCGUCGAGCGCCACAUUGCCAAUUUCUGCCGUGGAUCUCGCCAAUCUGCCGUCGCAAGGCCAUCGCUGGCGCUCGACCCAUGGAUUCAGCUUCUUUGGCCACGUAGUGCCAGCCCACGAUCACUUGGAAUUGCACUCUGGAUCUGCCGUUUGGUUUGAAGAGUCGGUGAAUCUGUCGUCCCAUGCAGGGUUCCACACCGACCUCGUGUUGUCGUCUGCUCAGCCGUCGUCGUCUGUGUGCGUCGCCUGGAGCAGUGUGUCGUUCUGGGACUUGAAACCUUUCAUUGACGAAGCUACCCUCAUCCACACCCAUGCCGUCCCUGGCAGAGCAGCCCAGCGCGCCUUGUUUGUUCAAGUUUCGACGUCUUCUAGCUCCCCGUCCAACACCCCCAACACGACCGUUGGGGUUUUUGUUUGGGCCAACAAGGCCCUGCACUGCUUGAGUGUGGUGCACACCGUCGCAAGCCGUUCAAUCGACCCACCAACGAUUCGACUCGCGUACACCGGCACGACGCUGUCGGCUCUGUUGAACAACCGCCUCGUCUCGGUCCUUUCGUUGGACCUCCGUGCCGUGCUUGGCUCCGACUUGAAGCGCACUCGCGUUGGGCUUGUGAGUCCGCAUGAAUUGAACGCCACUCUGAGCCUGGCCAGUUGGUCUUUUAGCGUUGAACCGCCCCACGACACGCCAGGCCACGUCUCCGCGAUCCGUGCUGUCUAUGGGCUGGAUCCCCCCGCUGUCGACGACGCCGACGCGUCCACGGAGGAAGACAUCGUGCGCUGCACCAAGCAUCUCACGGACGGCAGCGCGAUCAUUCAAGAGCUCUACAUGUGCCAAACAUGCAACUCGAACCUCGUCUUUUGCGUUCCUUGUGCGUCCAUCUGCCAUCAAGGUCACGAACUCGUCUGGAUGGGCAAGGUAAACGGCGCAUGCGGGUGCCACACCCGCGGACCCGAGACGUGUCAGUGUUAUGCCGUGCCCGCUUCCGCCCGCGGAUCCCCGGAUUUCAACUUGUGGCGGUGCCCCCAGUGCACGGUCGUGAACGCCACGUCCGUCUCGAUAUGCUCGGUGUGCUCAUGCAAAUCCCCGCUGCCGUCCACGAUGCCGUCGUCGCCACUACAUCCAGCAGGUCUCGUCCCUGUGGCAGAGGCCACUGGUGAGUGGUCCUGUCCGGCGUGCACCAUGCUCAACGAAUGGACCUGGUCCAAGUGUUCGAUUUGCGAUACCGCCCGGCCGGUGGGUACGUCGCCUUUGCCAACGUCGGCCUCUCCAACCAACGAUGGCAUCUUGAGCUUGUACCACGCUGCCGCCGAAGUCGCUGGCCCAUGGGCCUGCGGUGCCUGCACCAUGCACAACCAAGCGUCCGAUGUCAAGUGCUCGACCUGCGGGACCAUGAAACCAGUGCCACUGGCCAUGCCUGUCGCCAUUCCUGUACCAACCACCCCGACCAUGCCAGACCAAACCGUGACGAUGGUGUCGCAAGCGCUAGACCAACACGCGGCGCACUGGCUGGACAAGAAGCGCGAACUUCUCGAGCACAAAAAGCGCCUUUUGCCAGCCCACAGCCUCGGUGGGCUACAAGUCGAAGUGUGGGAAACGUCACAAGGCGUCAUGACUGUGCACUUUGGCGACCACUUUGUCGGAGACAUUGUGCACGGCCAGUACACUGAGACAUCGGACGGCGCCGUGAGCGGGGUCCUGAAGACUCUAGACCACCGGUUGGAACUGCGUGGUACGUACAAGCCAAACGCCACCGCGCAAGACAAUGCGUGUGUGCUGGUAUGGACGUCCCUUCGGCAAUUCGAGGGCUACUGGUACCGUGGCGACGGCACCGGUAUUUGGAAGUGCGAGUACACGCCAUUGACAACCCAAAUCCGCGGGCUGCGCGCCGAGGACGUACCGUUUCACUCGGGCCUGGUCAACAUGCAGCAAGGACUCACGAACGUGUGCUACCAAAACAGCUUCCUCCAGAUCUUGUUUAUGACGCACGCGCUGCGCGACCAAGUGCUGGCGAGCCCCGAGCCUGUCCCCAACGCAACGUUGCAGACGCUCCAAGUGCUCUUUGCGCGCAUGCUGGUGACGCACGCUCCAUCGCUGGCCACACACGACCUCCAAAAGGUUCUCCCGACAACGUUUCAAGCGGGCCGACAGCAAGACGUGUGCGAUUUCGCCCACUUUCUGGUCGAGAGCAUCUCGGCCGGAUUUGACGACGCGAUUCACCGCCUCCUCGGCGGCACACAAGCCACGAUUGUCGCAUGCAAGGCGCCCGACUGCAACCACGUCAGCGUCACGACAGAGUACUUUUGGGAGCUCCUGCUCAACAUGGUCGACCUCCGGUACACGCCGAUCACAAACAUUUGUGGGGUCCACGGCACCUCGCUCCGCAUCCCGACGCCCCGCAACUUUGACCGGCUCAACUACGACCUGAAUAAAGAUCGCACGGGGGCGCCGUACGUGUUUUUGUGUGUCCAGCGGGACGAGCGCGCGACGCCGAUCACGGACAUUACCGUCAAGGUGUGCGAUGCCAACGACCCCAAGCCAACGUUGAGCGGGUAUACCCGUGUCGAGUUGGACCUGAACAUGGGAACAAGCACGAACAGCCGUGGCGGGAAUGCGUCGCCAUUCAAGAAUGCGGCGUCGGGCGCCGCUACCACCGAAACGAUCCCGGGCCGAAAGAAACAAGUCUAUCUGUUUUACGCGAGCGACCCGACCGGAUCGCCCAUCACGGACUUGACUGUCAUCUACGGCCACGACGCCGUGCCAGACGGGUUCAAGGUGAUUCGAGUGGACCUGAACCAAGGGGAAGGCGCCAAGGUCUUUCUCUGCUACCGUUGCGACAUGCCAGUCACCGACAUCAAGCUCGUCACCCAGGGGCUGCCUGGCUACAAGAUGAUUGAUCGGUCGCUGCAGCUCGCAGAGGUUGGUCGUUGUCUGACUGCCCCAUGUGUUGAAAAACUUGUUUCGGUAGGGCCAUGGGUCGCAGUACCUUGCUCACACGGAUGGCGGCACGGGUCCGUGCAUUACUGGCCUUCGCCUCGUGCCGGAAGAAGAUGUUGCUGCAUACGAAACCGCGGCAUGGGAAGAUUUGAAGUUGAGCUGGUCGUCUCCGUUGGCCGAAACAUGUCCCAGCACGCCACAGAAGCAGCAUCUCAUGCUCCAGCGCGGCCACGGCAACCCGUUGUACGCGAUCGAAGUGUUUCGAAGCCCGCAGAUGGUGCCCAAGUACAGCGACUACGAAACGAUCUCGGUGCUGGCGCCGCCGCCAGUCGCGGAGCUCACGCCGGAUCUGUUGCUGGGCGAAUGGAACGGUGGCGACGAUGUCGACCGCGCUUUCCGCGCCGUCAAAUUUACCCACACGGCGCCGAAUCUUAGCCCGUCCUACGUCGUGUCGGGUGCGUUUGGAAAAAACCACGGGCGCAUCACGGGCAUCGUGCAAUCGCAUCACGUCCAUACCCAUGUGCUGUGGGGAUCCUGGACAGACUCGACGAUCAAGACGCCGCAGCUCGUCCAUCUUGUCUUUCGCGACAUGAACCCGACUGGUGGCGGAGCAACCAUUCUUGUCGACGGGGUUGUCGGGGACGGCAAAGCGAAGCUCGUCAAUUUCCGCGCGACGCAAGUGUCCAACCAAGUGGCGCCGAUCCUCCGACCGAUUACAGACCUCCUGAUUGCCCGCGGCGAGGAAGCCCGCGCGCUGCCGCCAGGGGCAUCGAUUUUGUGCUGUCUCCAUAGCGACCUGUUCCUGGUCGUCCGGCGGGACCACGGCGCCGCGCCCGUCCAGGACGUGUGCGUCGUGUACGGUGGCAUCGACCCGAUCCCAGACGACUACACGUGCAUGGACGCCACGGUGGGCGGCGCCAGCGCCAACCUCAACCCAACGUCCAAAGACGUAUGCAUUUUCAUUUGUUUCAAGCGCGAUGACGCGGCGCCAGGUUUGUCCGAUAUCGUGGUCCUUACGACUCCGACCGUUCCUGUGGGCUACACGAAGCUCCAGCACACGCCGCUCGGCAUGGACGCGUCGUUAGUCCAGAACAAAGCCAUCCAUUUGGCCAUCAAACGGAUGGACACGAGCGCACCGACUUGUGUGGUCGACCAUGCGUUGAACGGUCAGUAUGAUACGUCGUUGUGGGGCCGCAUGAACGUGACGGUGCUGGAAUCCGUUCGAUCGACCGAACUGCUCGGCAACUUGUACGUCACGGCGGCGGGCAUGUCGUCGGGGGCAGGCGCGUCCGGAGUCGUGCGAGGGGUUGUGUACCCAGUUGGGACUAAGCUCAGGUGCGUCGGGCUGUGGGAAGCUGCACCAGGGCACAGUCUGUUGUCGUACAACAAGACGGUGGCGGCCACAAGUGGCGUGAGUGUGUUUGGCUUUGACUUUUCCCUCCAUGGCGAUCGCGGCAUCGACGGCGGCAUCCCGGUCGCGGACGGGUGGUGGAGCCGGCAGGGCGCGGAGACGGGCAAGUGGACGUUAAUCAAGGACUGCUACGUCCAGGUCGCGUACAAGAAGGACUACGGGAGCGAGUGGCUCGACGGCAAGCUCAUCUCGUCCGAGCGCGUGUCGAAACACUCGGUGGCGUCGUUGCUGCAUCGGUUUGGAUCGGCCAAGACGCUCGGCGGCGACUUUACGUGCAGCGGGUGCCACCAGCGCGCCGAAUCGCGAGUCCACUCGGUGGUCAUGACCCCCCCCGCGCAUCUCAUCUUGACGUUCAAGCGCAUGCACUACGACUGGAAGGUCCAAAAGACAUGCAAGAGCCUCCACGAUGUGUCGUUCCCGGCCUUCAUGACGCUGCCGCCGCUCUCCCCCGAAGACGCAACGACGCUCAGCGAUGCCGACACCCCGUUCGAAACGAGCCCGCGCGCGUAUGGCCUCUAUGGCGUGUUGGUGCACAGCGGGCUCAGCGCCAACUCGGGCCACUACUACAGCUUUUGCCGGUCGACGUCGUCGAACCAGCUCCAUCUCGAAGACGACCCGGCCGCGCCGUGGAUCAAAUUCAACGACAUGAACGUGACCACGACAAACUGGAGCGACAUGAAUGCGUGCGUCGAGAGCUCCGUGUCCGAUUCGGUGUACUUGCUCUUUUACAAACGCCUGGACAACCACGGCGACGAUGCCGACGCGACCACGCACGACGAAGAAGCGAUGCUGCUUGCCAAGGCCAUGUCGCUGUCCAUGUCGACGCACGAGAUCCCGGCGGGGGGUGCCGACGCCGUGUUGUUUGCGGCGCAAACGACACGGCUUGUCGACGAGAUUCAACGAGCACACGCGUCGUUCCUUCUCGAGACAGUGCCGCGUCGAAGCGGCCCGGAGACGCUCGCCGACUGGCACGAGUGGCUGCAAUCGCACCACCGCAUUGACGACCCGCAGCUAUGGACCGCGGUGGCCCACGCGAUCCGCAAGUGAAGCCGGCAAGCGAUGCCAGUACGAGGACGUAGGAGCCGCGAACCUCAGUAAUUUAGUACACACUCGAUUCCGUACCACACACACUCGCGUUGGCGGUGCGUCUGGUCGAAAUGGACGGCUGCCG